ACUAGAGAGGAGCGAACGAGUGAGCGUCCCUCGAAAUCACACAAUAUCUUCAACUCUAUCUAUCUGCAACUCUUCUUCACUCCAACUCCAAAAUUUUCUCUCUUCGUCGAUCACAAAAAUGACGACGAAACUUCAAAUAUUCACCGGAUUACCCUCCGCACCACUUCCAUCUUCUUCCUCUUCUACUCUCAACAAGCCUCUCAAAUCUUCCUUCUUCGGCACCAGACCAGUUGAUACUUUGAAAUUUAGAGGGAUGAAGAUUGCGAAACCGGUUCGAGGUGGAGGAGCUAUUGGUGCCGGCAUGAACCUAUUUGAAAGGUUUUCGAGAGUCGUCAAGUCAUACGCAAAUGCUGCUUUGAGUGUGUUUGAAGAUCCUGAGAAAAUUUUGGACCAAGCUGUUCUUGAAAUGAACGAUGAUUUGACUAAAAUGCGCCAAGCUACAGCACAAGUAUUGGCAUCGCAAAAGCGGUUGGAAAAUAAAUACAAGGCGGCACAACAAGCGUCUGAAGAGUGGUAUGGCAGAGCACAGCUUGCCCUUCAGAAAGGUGAAGAAGAUCUUGCUCGUGAAGCACUCAAACGGCGUAAAUCUUAUGCAGAUAAUGCCGGUGCUUUGAAAGCUCAACUUGAUCAACAAAAGGGUGUUGUGGACAAUCUUGUCUCAAAUACACGCCUUUUGGAGAGUAAAAUACAAGAGGCAAGGUCGAAGAAGGAUACUCUAAAAGCAAGAGCUCAAUCUGCAAAGACUGCAACUAAGGUGAGUGAGAUGCUCGGAAAUGUCAAUACAAGCAGUGCUCUUUCAGCUUUUGAAAAAAUGGAAGAGAAAGUGAUGACAAUGGAGUCCCAAGCUGAAGCUCUGGGCCAGUUGACCAGUGACGAUCUUGAAGGGAAGUUUGCAAUGCUUGAAAGCUCAUCAGUUGAUGACGACCUGGCACAAUUGAAGAAAGAAUUAUCUGGUAGCUCAAAGAAAGGAGAGCUUCCUCCUGGAAGAAGUAGCACCACUAGCGCCAAAACUGGAAACCCAUUUCGAGAUGCUGACAUUGAGACAGAACUUGAGAAACUGAGACAAAGAUCAAAGGAGUUUUAAAGUUUUGGUUGCCUCCUGAAUUUGGAUGUAAACAUCUUCAACGAGGAGCAAGGUAGCAACGUGACCAUAGUGUUCAUAAAUCACGAGCGUCUCUUUUGUUAGUUGUGAGCUAUGGUAUUAUAUUUUAUUUUGAACAAACACAAUCAUCCAUACCUCAUGGCCAGAUUUAUAUGGAGAAUAGAGUAUAUUUUGCAAUCCAUAUAAUGCUUAUCUAUUGUGCAUAUAUUUUUUAAAAUUUUUCUACACCUGAAGUUGUAACCCUGCAUGGAUAUGGAAAAGCAAUACUUGGAACAAGAAGGAUACAGUGAUAGUGUGAGGCUAAUUCUUCAAUGUUUUCGAAUUUAAAUUAUAGGAAAA